UGCGGAGCACACCAACACCGCCACUAUUCAUGUUGAUCUUCGAAUUAUGCUUCAGUAGCCAACCAACUCCGCCCGCUCUGCCGAGGUUCUCCUUGGUUAGGUCGGUUGCGGUUAAAUCGUCAGGGCACAUGAGCUGAGCUCAACAAUCUUACCUGUCCAUUUUCCAUCUCCAACGACUGUACAGACUCUACAUCUUCAAUAGCCACAUAGCGUAUGAAGCAACAUCAGUCAUCGCAUUUAGCCCAGCCUACCUCCCACAGGACAUCAACACCAAGACAAAUACCUCGACCAUAUACUCCUCCACCACCGUACACACAAUGCCCACAGACGGAGCCAACCAGAGCCCAUCCUCCUUCGCGGAGCUCAUGGCUCUGCGACGCCUCCCAAAUCCACUCACCAGCAGCAAUGAAACAGAACAGACCGAGCGUUUCGAAUCCCUAGCACCGCCCUACCCACCCGGCGAAGCAGCAAGAGCCUUUGGCGGCCACGUUUACGCACAAUCCGCCUACGCAGCCUCCAAAACAGUCGAUAAGGGCUUCGUGAUUCAUAACGUGACGGGGACAUUCAUCCUAGGAGGCCUUCUAGACGUUCCCUUCGAGUACACCGUACGUCACCUCCGCGACGGGUACAUGUACUGCACGCGCUCCGUCGACGCACGACAAGGAGGCCAGAUCUGUUUUUCAUGUCUAUGUUCCUUCAAACGGGACGAGGAUCAGACAUCAUUCUCCCAUCAGCCUGCCCCUGCCCAGGAGCGGUAUGCAUCCAUCAUAGCAGGGAAACGGCCCGAGGAGUAUUCUGUGAGUCCGAGCGUGGACGUGGACUGGUGGAUUGAGGGGGUGAAGUCGGGGGAUUUAUCAGAGAGGGAGUUUCCUGGAGUGGAUGCUCGGAAGGUUGAUAUGAUGGGGUAUAACCAGACGGAGGAAGUUAAGAGCCAUCCGGAGAAGUAUCGGCAAUUGGCUAUGUAUUCGCUGAAAGGGUUGCCAUCGGAUCCGGGGAGUAAGGAAGAGUUGAGGAAGAGGGAGAAGUCGGGGGAGUUCGAUAAUCUGUAUGCGUGUGCGCAUAUGUAUGCUUGUGAUAGGAAUUCUCUGUUGUUGAUUGUCCGGGCGCUGGGCCAUAAGAGGUUUACGGCAAUGGCAAGUUUGACUCUCACGGUGGUGUUUCAUCAGCUGGGGGAGGCACUGAGGAUGAUUGAUUGGGGGUCUGGUGAGGAAGGUGGUCGGGAUGGAGUACUGAGAAAGUGGUUUGUACAGGAAGGAUGGACGCCGCGGUCGGAGGAGAACCGGGCGGUUCACGAGAGUUGGUUGUGGACGCCGGAUGGGAAGUUGUUGGCCACGAGCUAUCAGGAUAGUUUGUUGCGGUUGACAAGAAGGGAGGAGAAGCUCUAGUUCGGUGGUGUUGACUUAGACAAGACUUAGAUGCACGGGAGGUGAUGUAUGAAUGCCUUUGCAAUAAAAUGGUUGCAUGUAUCAGCUCAGGUGUGAGGACUGUGUGCAAUGCAGGAUAGUUGAUGAGUUGUGAAGUGACGGCCACUCUGUACAAUG